CGCAUUUCUUGCUCUAAAAUCUGAGAGAGAGUGUGUGUUGACAUGAGUGUCAAAAUGAAUGACGUGAGAAAGGUGUUGUUGAUGGUUGAAGAGAAGUUUCAGCGCUUUAAGCAGCAGCAGUUCACCUUCAUCGCGGCGCUCGAGCGCUCCCGAGAGCACGCGCACCACCGGACACAACCGGUGUCUACUGUCAAUGAGGUGAAAUGGUACAUGACACAGCACUGCAGCAAUUCCAUAGACAUGCAGAUCUUCUCGCUCUUCCUGGACAUCAUGGACAAUCUCAAGGAUCUGUUUUAUAUGCUUGAGUCUUUAGCGUCUGCUCGGAACUACGCCAGAGAUGUUCUAAACAGUUACAGGAAUGUUUUCAGUCCUGAAUAUAACUUCAGCCAGUUCCGGACACAUUACCAAUAUGCUGGGGUUAAUCGUCUGAGUUGUGACGAAGCUCAAAACUACUACGGUGGCGUCAUCAGCGUGAUUCCUGUGAUUCUGGAUCUGCAUAAAGAAGCCAUCAUGGAACUGUCACAAGCCAGCAACAAAAUGGUUCCUGAGAUGGAGAAUACCACACCUGGGCAGCAAAGGGCUUCUAAUAACGCACAGGUCAGGUCUGUGAAAAAAACAUACGCAUCCAGACGAUCCUCCAAGUCUUCACAGAAAGCUGCAGAUGGAUGGAAACCUGCAGAUGGAUGGAAACCUGCAUGGAAGCCGCCAGGUCCCGGGAGAACGUGAACAAUUUUCUUCAACAAUUUUAAAGUAAAUCCAUUUA